ACAUAGGUCUCUGCAGAGCGAAGGCCAAGCAAAAAUAUCUCACAUUGCUAUCCCAGGAAGGCCUUUUUAGGAUAACGCAUUUCUCGUCUUCACAAACGUACGUACGGUCACUCGCACCACCGGCCAUGGAGCUGCUGGUUCUCCCUUCUCGUGGCGCCGCCUCUCGUGGCGCCGCCACCCGCCCGCUUCAUCACACGACCCCGCGUCGCGUCGCCGGCGCCACCACCGUCCGGCCAGCGGCGGCAAGCUCCAGCAACGUCGAGGUCAUCGACACCACCGCCACCGCGGCGGCGGCAGCGACGACGGCAGGGGACGUCGUCGCCACGAACCGCCAAGAAUGGCGCGCGGCGAGCUGCCGGCCGGCAGGCGGGCUCGGCCUCAACCUGUCGGAGGACAUGAGGCGCGGGAUGAUGUGGCGGAUGCUGGCGCCCCCGGUGGCGGCGGUCGCGGCGGAGGCCGCGUUCCUGAGGCUGCUCGACGGCGCGGCGACCGACGCGCCGGCCUGGGCCGGCGCCACGGGCUCCGCCGUGCUGUUCGCCGUGGGGCUGCUCGGGUUCCACUACGGGUUCUUGUCGUCGAGGUGGGACACCGCGGAGAGGGGCUCGCUGUUGGGGUGGGAGCUCGCCGCUCGCCACUGGAACGAACUGUCCAUGGCCAAGCAUCCUCGUUCGUCCAUGGAUGACGAAGAAAGUGACGUCGACGAAGAGGAGGAAGACGAUGAAGAAGAUGACGAAGACAGCGACUAAUUAAUCCGAUGUAUAUAUACUAAUUUAUUCGAUUAAGCCAAGAAGUAAUCAGUAAAGUGGUUUUAGACUCGUAAUUAUAAAUCUAGAAAUGGGUUAUCAUGUGGGUUUACGAUAAUAACAGCAAACACUUCUAAUUUCUUACUAA